AUGGAAGCGGCUGCGGCGACGCACGCGGUGAACUACGGCGUCGCGACGCGCGCGGCGUCGGAAGCCGCCGCGGCGGAGGCGGCGGCGAGGGACGACGCGGACGCCGCGCGGUCCGCGGCGGAGGCGGCACGCGCUCUCGCGGAUGACCUGCGCGAGGAGCUUCGAAACGUCAGAGGCGACGUCGCGUCCGCGGCGGCGGCGGCGCUCGAGAUGGAGCGACACGUCGCCGCGACGCAGCGCGCGGCCGCGGACGCGGUCAUCAAGCACAACGUGUCCAGCGCCGGGAAGGACCUUGCGAGCGCGCGCUUACGCGAGAAGGAGCGCGAGAUUGCGGAGGUGGUCGAGGCGCAGCGGGAGGCGGUGGACGCGCGCGACAGGAUGCGGCGCGAACGCGACGACGCCGCCGCCGCGGCGGAUAAGGCGGCGAAGGACCUCCACGCCUCGCGAGCGUCCGAGCGGCUCGCGUCCGAGAAGCUCGCGGGCGCGCUCGCGGCGGCGGCCGCCGCGGAGGCGCUCGCGGCGGACAACGCCGCCGUCGCCGCGGCGUUGCGGCACCGGCUUUUCCCGAACGGCGUCGACCCGGACGCGGCGGACGCGCCGCGAAGGGUGCUCAAGAUUCUUCGCGCGACGUUGUUCGUGGACGACGACGAGGACGACGAGAACGACAUCGCCGGAGAAGAAGAAGAUGGAACGUCAACCGACACAACGGUACAACAACGUCGUCAUCGUCCUUCGAGAGCUGUGGACGUCACGGAGGCGGUCCGGAAGCUCGCGGCGGACUCCGGCGGCCUCGGCGUGCGCGUCAAGGUGUCGGAUAAUCUCCGAACGCUUCUCGGCGCCGAUUUCGCGGCGUUGUUGCCUCCGCCGCCGUCGGACGCGACGACGACGCUGGAGACGACCGGGUUCGUGACGGACGUCCCGGUCCCCGUCGGACGCGCCGGCGGCGGCCGCCUCGUGAUCCUGUACCGCGCGAUGACGUCCCCGGCGACGCGCGAGAACGACCUCGCCGGCUCAGACAGCGUCGAGGUUGGCGUCGGCGGGUUGCACACGCACGCGCCUUUCGUCCUCGAAUCGCUCUGGAUCGACGCGUCAACGCCGUCCGCGGACCGCCAAGUUCUGACCGUCGCCGCUCGCGCGCGCGACGCGGAGGCGACCGCCGCGGACGCGAGAGCGCGCGUCUUCGCGCUCGAGUCAGAGCUCCGAGCGGUUCGCGCGGAGCUGAAGUGCGCGACGGCGGCGACGGCGGAUUUGGAACGCGCGCGCGCGGAUCUCACCGCCGGCGUCGCCGUCAUGCGCGACGAGUGGCGCGCCGCGUCAGACGCCGCGACGUUGAACGAGACGCGCGCCGCGGAGAAGGCGCGCGUCGUCGAGGAGACGAAGCUCGCGGCUCGGGCGAAGCUGCGCGACGCGAGAGCGGAAGCGGACAGGCGCGUCGCGACGGCGGUGCGCGAGGAACGACGGCUCGCGGAGUCCAAGGCGCGGGAGGUGCGGCUCGCGUCCGCGGCGCGCAGACGCGUAGAGCGGGGCGUGCCGACCGCGGUGAUGGUGUCCGGCGGCGGGACGUGGUCGACGACCCCGCGCGGCGGCGGCGGCGGCGAUCGGAGCGCCGCCGCCUCCGCGACGCCGGGGUCGACGACCGCCUCGAAGGCGUCCCCGAUCGACGCGAGGUAUAAAGCGAUCAAGCGCGUCGACGCGGUGAUGCGCAGGGAGGAGGAGGCGUGGCGCGCCGCGAAGGUGCUGAGGGACCAACGCGGCGGCGGCGGCGGCGGCGGCGGCGGCGGCUGGGAGGCGCCCGCGACGUCGUCGCGGAUCGCGCGGCCGGUUCCGGCGCGACGCGGAGACGUCGUCGUCGCCGCGCGAACGCCGCCGGCGUUCGGCGCGUCGGCGACGAGGACGCCGAAGCGAACGACGACGACGACGAGGACGCCGGCGAGGGCGACGAGGUCGGCGGCGGCGAAGUCCUUAAGGAACGGCGUUCACCACGCGAACGCGGUCGUAUGGGAACCAGUCACGAUGACCGGUCGCGAGGGACGACGCCCGAACCCGAUCCACCGCGAUCGUCCGUUCGCGACCCGCCGAGAUCCGCCGAGCGUCGAGGCGCGACGACGCGCCGAGGCGCGCGUCGCGUUCGAGUCGACGACGUCGAAGAAACGCACCGAACGCGAGCGUUUACCUUCAUCAUCAUCGCCGCCUCCUGCCCGGAGAGAGAGAGAGCCGCCGUUGUUCACGUCGAGCGAACGCCGCGCCGCGGAGACGACGGCGUCCUCCGCGGUGAAAGCCGCGACGCUCGCCGCGAGGCUCGCGAGGGCGGAGCGCGAACUCCGCGCGGCGAUGGCGACGCGAGAGCGACGCUCCAAGGACGUCGAGGACCUCAGGCGCCGCGCGGAGGACGCGGAGAAGGCGGUGAGCGACCGCGACGCGCGAAUCGCGGAGGCGCACCGACGCGCGGUCGCCGCGGCGCUGACGCUCGACGAGGGAUCUCCGGCGAGGGAUCUGGGCCGGUCCUUCGACGACGCGACGACGACGACGGCGGCGACGAUGACGACGAGCUCGGGACCCGGGGACCCAGCGUUCACGUUCCGGACGCCGACGUCCCCGGAGGCGCGGAGGGAGGUGAACCAGCUCGCGAGCGGGCUGCUGCACUCGAGCGAGACGCUGCUCGCGCAGGCGGAGGCGCGCGAGAGGUGGGAGGCUCCGUGA